UCAAAGACCGGCGAUUAAAAAAAAAAACGAAACAUGAAAGAGAAAUGGUACAAAUCGGGACUCUUCUGUUUAUUGAUGUCACUUGUGGUCUUAAAUAUUGGAGCAGACGAGACUCCAAGUGCGGAACAGAACCCAACAAAAAUUGAGUGUGACGAAACAUGUGGUAGUGGAAAUCAGACCCUAUUUGACAACUGCACAUGUGGUUGUGAAGAAGGAUAUGAAAAAGAUGAUCAAGAUUUUAAUUGCGUAAAAAGUGUUUGUGCACCUGAAUGCCCUUCCAUGGAGGGAGUGAAAUGUCAACGGAAUGAAUGCGUUUGUAAAACAGGAUAUUUGAAUGUGAAUGGGAAGCCUGGAGCCCCUAACUGCGUUUUGAAUACAACAACACAGUUUACCGAACAAAGCACAAAUGUAACAUUACCACAUACUCCCACAACUCAAAACUCAACGGCAACGAAGGCAACCUCACUUACCCCAACCAGUCAAGGCACUCUAACAAUACAUCUAAACAUAACCACCAUCACCCAGGAUUCGAAUCCUGUGAAAAAGCCUGACGAACAAAAAUAUGUAAUGGGUAAAUGGGCCAUCACCGGAAUUAUCGUACUUGUAGCUUGUCUGGUUGGAGCUUUAGUAUAUGUGUGCUAUAAGAACAGACAUCGGGGAUCUCUUAGAAUCGCCACAUCAACUACAUUAUAAGUUAUCUUCUAACUUAUCUCGGAGAUACUUCCAAUAAAUUCAAAUAAUGAAAUAAAUUUCACUUCAUUUAUUAGUUUAGAUGGUUUAAAAGAAAUACAAUAGAGUAAAAAAAUCUCGCAUAUAAUAGUUAUACAUAUUAUCGAUCAAACUCACCGAUUCAUUCUCAUAACCAGUAUUUCUAUAAAUUGUUACGAUGUUAAUCAUUUAUAUGCAACGGAAUUCGUGUACAUUGUAUUUAUAAAGAUUAAGAUUCAUAUACCACCACAAUUGCAAAACAAUAUAAAUAGCGAGACCAUUUGCCUAUUCAUCUCAGUACUGUGAAAGACUUUUUCGAAGAUCGGCGAAUAAAAAAAAAUUAAAA